GAACCGCUACGACGUAAUCCAGUCGCUUCCGGGCUGGAGCGCUCCCCUGCCUGACGCUAAAAUGUAUCAUUUUACCCAAUUUUAUGCGGGUUUUAAUUAAAUCCUGAAAUAUUGACUUGAAGCCAGACACACGGUGCUUUUAGAUGGCGUCAACAUAAUGUCGGAACUUCGCACUGAAGGAUAGCAGGAGCCGAUUCAAUCCGGCAGAAGCGCAGGCGUAGCGGAUGAGGUCGGGCUGACUCCCUUGCAGAAAGCAACCACAACCUCCAACCUUCAGCCACAUCUGCAAGACUUAUUUUUGCAGAAGUCUGCUUCUCCUCUUUGUGACUUUUUCCUCUUAAGAUGAAGCUAAAGGAGGACAUCAACCCCCUGCUCCUGCAGGUGUUCCGCUCUGUGGUCUGGGUCUACUCAGUGAUCACCUUCAUACCCUGGUACUUCCUCUCCGGGGCCGGCAACAACUUGGAACGGGCACGGCGCAUCAAAGCGCGCUCAGUUAGCGGACACCCAGCCGGGCCGUACAGGGCCAUCAACAGCCAACAGGAGCUGGUGGCGUGGCUGCUCCCAGGGGUGGACACGCUGGAUAAAGUGUUUGAAUAUGCAGCCAAGAGGUUUCCCCAGAGGGACUGUCUGGGCACAAGGGAGGUGCUGAGUGAGGAGGAUGAGCUCCAACCCAACGGGAAGAUCUUCAAGAAGGUCAUUCUCGGGAACUACAACUGGCUGUCCUACGAUGAGACCUACCAGGCGGCCAGGACAUUCGGAAGCGGUCUGGCGGCUCUUGGCCAGAAGCCUCAGUGCAACAUUGCCAUCUUUUGCGAGACCAGAGCCGAGUGGAUUGUGGCAGCGCAAGCCUGCUUCAUGUACAAUUUCCCAUUCAUCACAUUGUACGCCACUCUCGGACCCUUAGCCAUCGCCCACGGUCUGAACGAGACUGAGGUCACGCACAUCAUCACCAGUAAAGACUUGCUGCAGAGUCGUCUCAAGGCGAUAUUGUGCGAUAUUCCGAGGCUGCAGUAUGUCAUCGUGGUCGACAAGAAGCUGUCGAGCUGGCAGGACAUCCCUAGAGGCAUCACGAUCCACAGCAUGGAUGCUGUUAAGGAGAUGGGAUCCAGGCCUGAAAACUUAGCGAGAGACCGCAGACAGCCACAGUCGUCGGACAUUGCCGUCAUCAUGUACACCAGCGGCUCCACGGGCAUCCCCAAGGGUGUCAUGAUCUCCCAUGGCAACAUCAUCGCCGGCAUCACUGGGAUGGCAGAGCGAAUCCCCAACCUCAAUGAAACGGACACCUACAUUGGCUACCUGCCGUUGGCCCACGUUUUAGAGCUCAGUGCCGAGCUGGUGUGCAUCUCUCACGGCUGUCGCAUCGGCUAUUCCUCCCCGCAGACUCUUGCCGACCAGUCCACCAAAAUAAAAAAGGGAAGUAAAGGAGACACUAGCAUGUUGAGACCUACACUCAUGGCCGCUGUACCGGAAAUAAUGGACCGUAUUUAUAAAAAUGUGAUGACAAAAGUGGAGGGCAUGAGCAAAUUGCAGAAGACGCUUUUUGUGCUGGCAUACAACUACAAGAUGGAGCAGAUUUCCAAAGGCUACAGCACGCCUCUCUGUGACAGUCUAGUGUUCAAGCGGGUCCGGGCGCUGCUGGGUGGCAACACACGGGUGCUGCUCUCAGGCGGAGCUCCGCUGUCGGCCGCCACGCAGCGCUUCAUGAAUAUCUGCCUGUGCUGCCCCGUGGGGCAAGGCUACGGGCUGACAGAGACCUGUGGAGCCGGCACCAUCAGUGAGGUUUGGGACUACAGCACUGGACGGGUUGGCGCACCGCUUGUUUGCUCAGAAAUUACGCUCAAGGACUGGGAAGAGGGUGGAUACUACAGCACGGACAAGCCUAACCCGCGUGGGGAAAUCUUAAUUGGUGGACCCAACGUGACGAUGGGUUACUACAAAAACGAAGACAAGAACCGAGAGGACUUUUUCGUGGAUAGGAAAGGCCAGCGAUGGUUCUGCUCCGGAGACAUCGGAGAGUUUCACUCUGACGGAUGCCUCAAGAUCAUUGACCGCAAAAAGGACCUGGUAAAACUACAGGCUGGCGAGUACGUCUCUUUGGGAAAAGUGGAGGCCGUUCUGAAGAACUGCCCACUCAUAGACAAUAUUUGUGCCUAUGCCAACAGUGACCAAUCGUACGUGAUCAGCUUUGUGGUGCCUAACCAGAAACUGCUGAUGGCGCUGGCGGAGCGGUUGCAGGUGCGGGGUACGUGGGAGGAGAUUUGCAACAACCCCCAGAUGGAGAAGGAAGUACUGCGCAUCCUCACAGAGGCCGCUAUCUCAUCAAAACUGGAGCGGUUCGAGAUCCCCAAAAAAGUCCGGCUGAGCGCAGAACCCUGGACACCAGAGACUGGCCUGGUUACGGAUGCAUUCAAACUGAAACGCAAAGAGCUCAAAACGCACUACCAAGAAGACAUUGAGAGGAUGUACGGAGGGAAAUAACAUGCACACGCACUUGCGCACAUAACUAAUACACAACUGGUUCCGAAGCCCCCCCAAAAGGUAAGCUUGGGGGUGGGUGCGUUAUGCUUUUCAUCCGCACACAAGACAGACCCCGGCAAUGAUCAAGACACAGAAAGAAUCCAGCCUGUCCCUUCUACCUUCUAUACAACCAGUGACUCGCACUCCCGAGCAGCUCUUAGUGAUGGAGUUGCCGUGGCAACCAAGGCCACGCACGGACUUCUGCACGAAGGGAAACCAAUAUCAGCUUUGGAUGUACAUGGUUCAGCGUCUGCGGCCCUCCUAUUUCUCGCUCCUCCUCGAGGCGCCCACUGCUGGUACAGCUUGGCCAAAAUAAACUAGGGGCAAAUAUGGUCAUAUGAGCUGCACCUUAUGGCAGGAUCCCUUGUGGGUGUUUAAAACAGGUAAAUAUGGGGUUAUAAAAUCUUUUUUUUUUUUUUCCCCCCGUCUUUAUCAACAGUUAAUAGAAUCACCAAUAGUGAGUGAGAAUGCAAAAGGUCACGGUUUCCCAACCUUAGCUGAGCCAAUGCGCAUAUUUUAUAUUUGGAAAACACCAACAACACCACACAAGAAUGACAAACAAAAAGUAAUUGUGAUUUUAUUCGGUUCAUCGUAUUUUCACAAGAAUGGCAAAAAAAUUAUAAUUGUGAUUUUAUACGGUUCAUCAUAUUUUUACCAAACAAAAGAAAAUUCCAAUUCGGUGGCGGUAAACAGUUACAUUCCAGUUGACGGAUAUAAGUGUCCACGGCAGUGAAUGAGUUAAUUGGUCCAAAAACUAUUUACUACUACUAAUAUAUUUUUGUUCCUCUAUCUAUGCCCACGACAUAAAGUGACAGGCAGAACAAUUAAAUGGUCGUUACACUUUUUACCCACUUUUUGUGAUGUUAUUGCUCAGGUGUGCUGUAUUUUUAUAAUGUAAAAUAUGUGCUUUUGCUCAAAGGUUGGGAAACACUACACUGGCUUAACAAGUUUAUGAAAUAAGCAGUUCAUUAGUUAUUAGUUAGUAUAAAGAAUUUCAGGGUUCUUGCUCAAUACUGGAAUGAUUCUUUUUUUAGUUUCCUAGUAGAGUCCAGAUUUUUGUGCCCUUUUGUUGCUUGUCUUUUUUUUGUUGGUGGAGAAAGUGUUGCAAAGCCAUGAGAGAUCAGUCGGAUGUUUUUAUGUAUUCAUUGGAGGGUUUUAUUCUUUUGACGUGUAUUUUUUUUAAUCACUAUUUUCUGUGAUUGUGUUUUGUAUGUUUCCUUCCCCAAAUGACUCAAAGAUGACUGAACAAAUUUUUAUACUCAUCCCAAAGUUUGUUUACUUGAGUACGCGUUUACCGAUUUGACAACAGCCUUCUUGUCUACUUGGCGUCCACUUGGCUCUCGGGUCUUUGUGGUGUCGGUUUUGCACCUGUGUGCUGCUAGUUUGAUUCCACUCCAAUAUGAGAAACCCCGUCUAGACGGUUCAGAAACUAUGGCGUCACGAUGUUACUCUUGUCAUGAUGCGCCCUGUCGGUUGAGGCUUACAUAGUAUUUAUCUUCCUCUCUCGCUGUGAUGUGCACUUGACAGGUUGGGACUGAUUAACGUUAUCUUCGCAUCAUGAUGCGCCUUGUCGGGUUGCAGCUAACUUAAUGUUAUAGUCGUCUCGCCAUGAUGCGCCUCAUCGGGUUGCGGCUAACUUAAUAUUUUGUGUUCCUCUCAUCAUGAUGCACCUUGUCGUAAUGCAACUAACUUAUUCCGUUAACGUUCUUCUCAUUAUGAUGCGCCCUGUCGGGUUGGUGAAAACUUACUAUCUUCGCGUCAUGAAACACCUUGUGGGGUUGAUAGUUUAGGUCCCUCUCGUCAUGAUAGACCUUGUCGUGACAUGACUAACUUACUACGUUCCAUUCCUCUUGUCAUGAUGUUCCCUGUCGGGUUCUGGGUAACUUAAUUUUAUCGUUCUCGUAACGAUGCGCCCUUGUCGGAGGGACCAACUUACUGUGUCAUGUUCCUCUUGUCAUUGUGCACCUUGUUGAGUUGUGGGUAACUUAUGUUAUGCUCUUUAUCAUGGGGCGCCCUGUCGAGUUGUGGCUAGUUUCUUAUGUUAUGUUCUUCUCGUCAUGCUGCGACUAACUUACUACGCUAUGUUCCUCUCAUCUUAAUGCGCCUUGAUGGGUUGCGGCUAAGUUUACCUUCCUCUCAUUAUGAUGCCCCUUGUCGGGAUGUAGCUAACCUGUUCUAGCUUCCUCUCAUCAUGUUGCACCAAGCUUAUUAAACUGUUCAUUGCUUCAUGAUGCGCCUAGGCUAGUUGCGACGAACUUAACUAUGUUAGGUCCCUCUCAUAAUGAUGCGCUGUCAGGUUGCAGCUAACUUUUGUCAUGGGUUAACCUGUUGGGUUGCAGCUAACUUACUGCAUUAUGUUCUCGUCAUCAUGAUGCCCCCUUGUUGAGUUCCGCCUAACUGGGUUUAUUUUCUGCUCGUCAUGGUGCACCCAUUCAGCUUACUAUGCCGUGGCGAGCUGCAACUAACUUACUAUGUUCCUGUCGUCAUGAUGCGCCUUGUCGGGUUGCGGCUAACCUAUUUUAUCGUCCUCUCAUCAUGGUACACCCAGUUGGGUUUUGGCAAGCUUACUAUGCUGUGUUCAUUGCUUCAAGCUGCGCCUUGGUUAGUUGUAACUAGCUUAAUAUGUUAAGAUUCCUCGUCAUGAUGCGCCUUCUCGGGUUGUAACUUAAUUGUUGUAUUCUCAUCAUGAAGCGUCUUGUCAGGUUGAGAUUAGAUUGCUGUUAUGUUGCUCAUCUUCAUGCACCUUGUUGGUUUGUAGAUGACUUACUAUGUUAUCUGUUCCUUGUCGUGAUGCAUCUUUACAGGUUGUGACCAUUUUACUACAUUGUGUGCUUCUAGCCAUGAGGCGCCUUUCCAGGUUGCGGCUAACUUAUCUUAAAUUCCUCUUGUCAUAAUGUGCUUUGUUAAGCUGCAGCUUCACCACCAAACUAUAUUCAAGUCAUGAUGCACAUUGUCACAUUGUGGAUAACUUUCUUAGAUUCUUCUCGCCAUGAUGGACCUUGUGGCGUUGCUGCAAACUUGCAGCAUGAACAGUUCUCUUACCACCACCAAAAUAUUUGAGUUAAAGUUACCAAUAAAGCAAUUCAGCAUCAUUUAGCUCACAUUCAAUGGGAUAACACCAGUAAUAUCUUGUAGCAUAAGUGUUGAAUGGAUGUCUCCAAGGGAAUGUACUGUAGUUAAUUUGCCUUUCCUUUGUUGCCUCCCACAUUUUCUUUUUAUUUAUACGUUUAUACUCUCUCCUCAUGCAUUUUUUUUUACCUGUGAAUAUAAAUAAUACAAAUGA